GCGACACGCGCCACGUCCCUGCUCUCCGCACACCGCGAGCGUCACGCGGCUACACUCGCGACGCGAGCGAUCUGUUCGCAUCCUAGGAUCCGAGUUCUGACCUUUGGGAAUAUCAGUGUUGUGGUGAAGUGAAGUGAUAAUGACUAGUCGUUGGCCCGCAUGACGGGCGCGAUGUGGCGCGCGCUGGCGGCGGCGCUGCUGGUGCUGGGCGGCGCAGGCGGCGACGCCGGUGGUGGUGGCGGCGAGUGCGGCGCGGCGCUGCCGGCGGGCUGCGCGUGCGGCGCGGCGGGCGCGGGCGCGGCGUGGGGCACGCGCCUGUCGUGCCGCGCCGCCGGGCUGCGCACGCUGCCGCCGCUGCACGCCGCCCUGCUUGAACUGGACCUGUCGCACAACAACAUCACCACGCUGCCGCGCGGCGCGCUGCAGCCCGCCGCCUCGCUCCGAGACCUGAACUUGUCGGCGAACAUGCUGGAGUCGGUGUCGGCGGGCGCGCUGUGCGGCGAGGGCGGCGCGGGCGCCGCGCGGCUGGCGCGCCUCGCGCUCGACGGCUGCGGGCUCGCCGCGCUGCCCGCGCAUGCGCUGCGCAAGCUGCACCACCUGCACUACCUGUCGGCGGAGGACAACCUGCUGGAGGAGGUGGAGGCGACGGCGCUGGCGGGGCUGCGCGCGCUGCGCACGCUGCGGCUCGCGCGCAACCGCCUGCGCGCGCCGCCGCGCGCCGCGCUCGCGCACACGCGCCGCCUCGACCUGCUGAACCUGGAGGGCAACCUCAUCGCGGAGCUGGGGCCCGACGCGCUGCCGCCGCUGCCCGAACUAAGGACGCUGGUGGUGCGGCGCAACCGCAUCUCGCACGUGGACGAGCGCGCCUUCGCCGGCGCGCCGGCGCUGCAGGUGCUGCGGCUUGAAGAGAACCUUCUGACAGAAAUUCCGAGUGCCGUGAUGUUGCUGCCUGCACUCCAAGAUUUGUCCCUGGCCAGCAACCGCGUGGAGUGGGCGGGCGCGGGCGCGCUGGCGCGCUGCGCGCGGCUGGCGCGCCUCGAGCUGCGCGACAACCCCUGCUCCCGGCUGCAUCCGCAGGCGCUAGCGCAGCUGCCCGCGCUCACCACGCUGAUCCUGUCGGACGCGCGCGGGCUGACCGAGCUGCCGUCGCUAGAGGGCGCUGCGCGGCUGCACACGCUGCGGGCCGACCGCGCGCGGCUGCGGGCGCUGCCGCCCGACCUGUGCGCGCACGCGCCAAGUCUGCGGGUGCUGGCGGUGCAGUCGAACGAGCUGGAGGAGCUGCCGGACCUGCGCGACUGCGGGGAGCUGCGCGUGCUGGACCUGUCUUGGAACCGCAUCUCUUUCCUGGAGGGCGGCGCGCUGCGCGGGCUGCGCUCGCUCACAGACCUACUGCUCGCCGGCAACCUGCUGCGGCGCGUGCCGCGGCAGGCCUUCGCGCACACGCCCGGCCUCCGCACCCUAAACCUUGAAAGCAACGAAAUUGAACACAUCGACAUCGAAGCGUUUGUGCCCAUACCGAACUUAGAAGACUUGAACGUAGGCAACAACGUGUUCCCGCUGCUGCCGGGCGGCGGGCUGCAGCGCCUGCGCCGCCUGCGCGCGCACAACAACCCCCAGCUCACCAGCUUCCACCCGCCCGACGUGUUCCCGCGCAUCGAGACGCUGGUGCUGUCGUACGCGUACCACUGCUGCGAGUACAUGCCGCUGAUGGCGGCGGCGGACGGCGGCUGGGCGGCGCCGGUGCCGGCGCCCGAGCCCGCCGACGAGGAGGGGGGGUUCACGGACGAGGUGCUGCCCCUCCCGCCGCACGUGGACCUAGCGCGCUGGGCCAACUCCUCCGACCUCUGGGCUCACUACCUGAACUCGACGGGCGUGGGCGACACGUGGCUGCGCAAGGCACUGUCGGCGUGGGGCGCCGACGCCAAGCAGGAGCGCGGCGUGCGCGCGGCUCCGCCGCGGCGGGUGCGCUGCCUGCCGCUACCUGGGCCGUUCCUGCCGUGCGUGGACCUGUUCGACUGGUGGACGCUGCGCUGCGGCGUGUGGGCCGUGUUCCUGCUGGCGCUGCUCGGCAACGGCACCGUCGUCUUCGUGCUGGUCUUCAGCCGCUCCAGGAUCGACGUGCCGCGCUUCCUGGUCACCAACCUGGCGGCUGCUGACUUCUUCAUGGGAAUCUACCUUGGGUUCCUGGCGGUGGUGGACGCGGGCACGCUGGGCGAGUUCCGCGUGCACGCCAUCGCGUGGCAGAUGUCGGGCGCGUGUCGGCUGGCCGGCUUCCUCGGCGUGCUGUCCUCCGAGCUGUCCGUGUACACGCUGGCCGUGAUCACGCUGGAGCGCAACUACGCCAUCACGCACGCCAUGCACCUCAACAAGCGGCUGUCGCUGCGGCACGCCGCCGCCGUCAUGGGCGCCGGCUGGGCCUUCUCGCUGGGCGCCGCCGCGCUGCCGCUGUUCGGCGUCUCCGACUACCGCAAGUUCGCCGUCUGCCUGCCCUUCGAGACGGAGACGCCCGCCGCGCUCGGGUACGUGGUGGCGCUGCUGGCCGUCAACGGCGGCGCCUUCCUCGUGCUGCUCGGCUGCUACCUCAAGAUGUACUGCGCCAUCCGCGGCUCGCAGGCCUGGAACAGCAACGACUCGCGCAUCGCCAAGCGCAUGGCGCUGCUCGUCUUCACCGACUUCCUUUGCUGGUCGCCGAUCGCCUUCUUCGCGCUGACGGCCGCCUUCGGCGCGCAGCUCGUCUCGCUCGAGGAGGCCAAGGUGUUCACCGUGUUCGUGCUGCCGCUCAACUCGUGCUGCAACCCCUUCCUGUACGCGAUCCUCACGAAGCAGUUCAAGAAGGACUGCGCGCUCGUGUGCAAGGCCAUCGAGGAGUCGCGCGUGACGCGCGGCAUCGGCCGCUGCCGGCACUCGUCCAACUUCAGCAACCGGCAGACACCCGCCAACACCAACAGCCUCGCGGAGCGCUCGUCGCGCGGGCCGCACCAGCCCGCCUGCGCGUGCGCCUGCCGCCGCCUGCUGCCGCCGCCCGCCGCGCCGCCCGCGCGCGCGCGCCGCCUGCUGCGCUGGCUGCGCGCCUGCGGCCGUCGCGCACAGCGGCCCGCGCAGCAGGCGCCGGCGCCGCGCACGCGCACGCGCACCGCCGCGGGCGCGGCGCCGGCGCGCGCCGGCUCCGUGUCGUCCUCGGUGGAGUUCUCGUCGUCGCGGUCGGACUCGUGGCGCGCGUACGGGCGCGCGCCGCCGCCGCCGCGCCGCGCCGCCUCGUGGCUGGUGGCGCGCAAGACGUCGCAGGACUCGAACCUGUCGUCGUCGCGCAACGACUCGUCGGGGUCGAACGCGACGGCGUCGACGGGCACGUGGCGCACGACGCGGUCGGGCGGCAGCGCGGCGGGCGCGGGGCGGCCGCGGCUGACGCGGCAGCCGGCCGUGUCGGGCGAGGAGCCGCCGCUGUCGCCGCCGGGCGCGCUGCCGCUGCCCCCGCCGCCGCCGCGGCUGCUGCACACCAUCCCGUCCGCGGCGGAGGGCGAGGCGCCGCCCGACGACCCGGAGCCGGCGCCGGACCCGCACGAGCACGUGCCGUGAGUGCUCCGCCGCCGCGCUGACGGUGACGCUGCAAGACUGAUUUAUUUGCGGACGGUUCGCCCGGCCGAGCGUCGCCGCUCGAGUAGGAAGGAUCUCCCGGACCGACCGGUCGAUAAUUUUGGAUAUACGAUUACAUUAUACGUGUAAUUUAUAAGUAAUUUACCUACAUACAGACAAAUAAUGAAGAUAUUUUGUACAGUAUUAUUUAAAUGUCCAUGACGAGUGUUACCUAAAUGAAAAUAUUUAAUAUUUAAGAAAUAAUGUGAGACGUAAAGAUAUUAUAAUAUCUAGAUGUAAGAAAAAGUGACGGCGCCAGGCGCCGCCCCACACGACGCUGCGGGUGCUCAGUAUUUACUUAUACAAUUUAUAAAUAGGUAAAGAUAAGUUAUCGUUACGUAGUUUGAAUUCUAAAUUAAACAAGUGUGUAUAAUAUUAGAAAGAAAUGUGUAAUUAAUACUAAUGAUACCACCGAAGACGUCCGCGCGUGCGCGCUGAGCAACGAGCAGGCGUGCGACGUCCUGCCAUACUUCAUCAAUGCUUCCAAAUUUAAUAUGUACUUGUAAAAACACUAAGGUCGAAGGCUGCUUACUCUUAAAAAUUCAUCUAAAAUUGUUCCUUAUCUGUCAGUUUGUUACAUCUAUUCUCCCCGCACUAAUCCCAUGUAGUGAUGUACCUAUAGCUCUAGCAACUAACGACUAACGACAAGAGUCAAGACACACGAUGUGAUGAACCAAGCAAAAGAGAACCCACUGCCGUCCCGCCCCCGCCCGGUGCUCGUCUGCUUCGACCUUUACGGAUAAGUCGCUAUAGUAGAAAGUCACUAUUUUUGUAAGCAGCUAGCGGUUAAAUGUCCGUAGGUUUCAUGGUUUAGCCUCCAUAAUAUGUUUCAUUGGCUCUAGUUGGAGCUGUCACUAUGUUCCCCUAAAGUUACGAGUAAGUAUAUUAAACAACACAUUUAGCAGUAGGUAUUACUUAGGUGUACUACAUUACCUACUGCAGAAUAGAGAUGCAGAUCUUUGUACUUUGUAGGUAACUACGAUACUUUCAUCGUAGAGAUGAUCCUCACUUUACCUCUUACAGUAAGAUUGUAUCAUCAAUACAUUAUCGAAAUUGUUUUAGCUACUAAUAUUAGUUAUGAUCAUUAUUUAUACAUUACAAGUGUUUACGAAUUAAACAUAUUUGUUCUUACUUUUUAAAAGUUUAUUAUGCAUAAUGUACAGAAUAUUUUUGUUAAAUUAUUAUAAAAUAGGAAUAUACAAUAUUUAGGACACCUGGCUCAAUGACAUUGUGAUUAAAUGCAGAGCAGAGCCUAGCCCUCUACUCCGCGCCACUUCAGAGUCUUGGCUCGAUGUUCCCGCCGUGUUCAGUAAACGGGUCCGCCAUUUACUCUCCUUAACUCCCGUCAUACAUUAUAGAUCUGACCCGCCCAUGCUGAAUGUAUUUUACAUUCAUUAAACUAGUACACUUGCGGACUUGCGACUAUUUGUCGUAGUACGCACGGGUUUCCCCGAAACCAAGACUUGAAGUAGCUGCGCCAUCGCCAUCGCCACCGCGACUGACUCGCGUCUAGUCUUUUGAAGUACAAUCACUUAUUUAUUGCCUCACGAGCCAUCAUGCCCUUGACGCUCUCCUCCGAAUUCAUUUCUAUUUUCUUUUUGACAUGAUUGUGCAAAACAUUACAGUAAAAAUAAUCUAAGGUCAUAGUCUUAGAGAUUCGUAUGCUGUGUUCCCCAAAGGAAGUGUAUCUAUAGAUUUAAAGAAAUUUUCCCGGGUAAUGAAAUAUAAACCUCGUGGAAAUAAACACUGCACCUAACUACAUUACAUACUCUAGCACAACUGACUAAUUUCACGUGACACACCUCAAUCGUCUCGCUAUUUUUAUUUUUAAAAAUGUGUUACGUUACGAUUUUCCGCACAUGAUUCAAAGUCUAAGAGCUCUAGUCAGUUAUGCUAGUUCCAUGAAAGAAACGGGGUUCAUUUCCCUCCACUCGACGGCCAAAAUAAUACUUACCACCGGGUCUCACCGCUCAACCACAAAACUCCUGUAAGAUACUGUAUAAUUUAUACUAAUGUAAGGUUGUUGGUAGGUGUGUAUGUACAGAUGUCUGCGCGCUGCGUGAGAGUUGUUUAAAUUAUUUUAUUGUACAAUAAAUACAUUAUUCGUGAUAA